UUUAAUAAUCAGUAGGGUUUAAGGGUUUUGUAGCUCAAAAUCGUUGGGGAAAUUCAAUUCCAUGGCGUCUUCCCUCUGUACAAGAAUUUAUCGUUCUUUUCUCUCAACAAACCCCAUCGCUAAUCACCACAAGUCUCUACUAAUUUCUCUCCACCAUUUCUCCACCGAAAUCCCCUCCGGGUCUGAUUCCGAUUCCACUGUCGCCCCAGAACUCGACCCAGAUCCGUUAUCCCAAUCUUCCGAUUCUAAUUCCCGGCAAAGGGAAUUCGGAGACCGCCCACUCGAAAAUGGUUUAGAUGUAGGCGUGUAUAGGGCGAUAUUGAUCGGGAAGGUCGGUCAAAAUCCGAUAGAAAAGAAGCUGAGGAGUGGGAGGACGGUAACUAUGUUAUCGAUCGGAACUGGAGGGAUGAGGAACAACCGGCGGCCAUUACAGAAUGAGGAGCCGAGGGAUUAUGCUAAUCGGAGUAUGAUUCAGUGGCAUCGUGUCUCGAUUUACCCUGAGAGACUGGGUGCGCUUGUAGUCAAGAAUGCUGUUCCCGGUGCAAUCUUGUAUUUGGAGGGGAAUUUGGAGACAAAGAUUUUCAACGAUCCAAUAACCGGUCUAACUCGACGUGUUAGAGAGAUUGCCAUUCGUCGAGAUGGUCGUGUCGUGUUUCUUGAAAAAGGAGGUGAUGCUCAAGAGGAUAGAGCGGAAAUUAAGGGGGUUGGUUAUUACUAAAGGAUGAAGGGCAAACUAUGAAGUUUGUUAUUGAUUGUUAUUGCGAUCUUAAGUUAACAUUUAGAUGAUAGUCUCUUUAUUUAUGCUUACAUUUUUUGUUUCUUGAUGUUGUGAAUUAGUGAGAGAAAGUGUACACAAAGUUUGGAAGAAAACAGGCAUGGCAGAAUUAUCAGUUAUCUUAGUAAAGCUUCUUUGGUUUCAUUUA